AAUGUUAUGAACAAAAACAGUACAAAAAUGGACUCAAGUUCUGCAAGAUGAUCCUCUCUAACCCGAAAUUUGCUGAACAUGGAGAGACACUCGCGAUGAAAGGACUGACCUUGAACUGCUUAGGGAAGAAGGAAGAAGCAUAUGAAUUUGUUCGUAAAGGACUUCGUAAUGAUGUGAAGAGUCAUGUCUGUUGGCACGUGUAUGGUCUUUUGCAACGUUCUGAUAAGAAAUACGAUGAAGCCAUCAAGUGUUACCGGAAUGCACUCAAACUAGAUAAAGAUAAUCUACAGAUCUUGAGAGAUCUCUCUCUGUUGCAGAUUCAGAUGAGGGAUUUAGAAGGAUAUAGAGAGACAAGAUACCAGCUACUUCAGCUGCGCCCCACACAACGGGCUUCCUGGAUUGGAUAUGCCAUUGCAUACCACUUACUAAAAGAUUAUGACAUGGCCUUAAAACUGCUUGAAGAGUUUAGGAAAACCCAACAGAUUCCUCCUAAUAAAAUAGAUUAUGAAUAUAGUGAACUGAUAUUAUAUCAAAAUCAAGUGAUGAGAGAGGCAGAUCUAUUUCAGGAGUCUUUAGAACAUAUAGAGACAUAUGAAAAGCAAAUAUGUGAUAAAUUAAUAGUAGAAGAAAUCAAAGGAGAGAUGUUACUGAAGUUGGGAAGACUGAAAGAAGCUGGCGAAGUAUACAGAGAGUUAAUUGAGCGUAAUGCAGAAAACUGGUAUUAUUAUGAAGGCUUGGAAAAGGCUCUACAACCUAGCACUUUAGAAGAGAGGCUUCAGAUUUAUGAAGAAGUUAGUAAAAGACAUCCCAGAGCAGUUUCACCUAGAAGAUUACCUUUAAACUUUGUUUCAGGUGAAAAAUUUAGAGAGCUAAUGGAUAAGUUCCUGAGGGUUAACUUCAGUAAAGGCUGCCCACCCUUGUUUACCACUUUGAAAUCUUUAUAUUACAAUCCAGAAAAGGUGUGUUCGUUGAUUCCAUUGAAGCUCGACAUUAGUGCACAUGUGCCCUUUUUCUGAGUAACUAAAAACAUGGAGACUGUGAGGAAAUACUGGAUGAGAGAAAAUGUCUGGCUGGAAGAAGCAUCAGAAACAACAGUCUCAAAAAAAGGUGUAAGACUGUCUACACAGGAAGGU